AUGAACGGCUACUUUCAAUGGAAGAUAACCUCCACAUUUCAUCUGGGCCCGACCGCGGAACAGAAACUGUUCGCAGCGUCAAUCCAUGCUUCUGUCUUCGGGAACAAGCCAUCCUUGAUUCUAUAUGACGGUCCGACCAAGGAAUAUCCCAUCAUGGCAACGCUCAAGGCCGACAAAUGGGGUCGCACCAGACCUGUUGACAUCACACUUCCUCCACGCCCACACGGCUACGACACGCAUGCGAUGGACGUGCAAAUGGUUCCAUCAUCCACGAAUCAUGUUUCCCCGACCUACACAUUUGAGACCCAACGGGCAGGAAAGGGUGUUGGGCGGGGGCGAUUUGAGUGGCGGAAAACCCAUGGAAAUGAGAUCAAGGAGCUGGCUACUGGUCAUUCAUAUGGUUGGAAGCUAGUAUGGCUGUCGGGACCAGUCAACAGCGCCGGUGGGAGCAGAAAAGAACGAGAAAUGGGGGUUGCCAGCGAUGGGACGGAGAUCGUGGCCCUCCUCGCGCACAAUGCCUCGUGGAGUAUGACGAAGGGGUUUCGGUUUGCCUUUUUGGGAACUGGGCUCACAGGCACCUUUGGCGAGCUUUGGGAGAUCUUGACUGUCACAUCGGCGUUGCAUCUUUGGUAUUUGGACUUUCAAGGUGCAACGGCCGCGGCCGCCGCUUCUUGA